AUGGCAUUCCCGAAUAAAGAACCAGUUCCUAAGGAAGUAGUCUAUAUGCAAAUGGUUCAAGAUUCAUGUAUUUUCAAAGUUGUUCUAAGUGGUGUAGCAGUCGAUCCAUCGAUAUAUGAACAGCCAAUGAAACAACAAUUAAAAGCUACUGCGAAAGAUAUGAUCCAACGAUCUUAUUCUACGGCUAAAAAUUUUGCUAUCGUUGGUGCAAUAUUUACUGGUACUGAGUGUAUUAUAGAGGGG